AUGGUCGACACCGAUCUCGCUGCUUUGCCUAAGGAAUUGCGUAAGAUGAUCAAGAAGCGUCAGUCAAUCAAGGACUCGAUAAACUCCAUCAGGGACUAUGUCAACAAAUUCAUUCCAGCAAGUUCAUCUGUGCGUCAAUUACAAAUCCGUUUAUCAAAAUUGACUGCAUUUAUGGCUGAGUUGUCUGUCAUUCAAGAAGCCAUUGUUGAUUUUGAUCUGGGACAUGAAGAUAUCACUGAACAAGUUGCAUUUGAAGACUUCACAUUCACCUUAGUGGCUGACAUGGAAGAGCUUGUAGAAAAACAUGGACCAAGUGCAACCUCAAGUUCAAUGCAUCCUAGCAACCAGUCAAGUGCAUCAGUCAAUGAAGCUAUGAGAUUGCCUACAAUUAACAUUCCCACGUUCAAUGGUGAGAUAGAGAAUUGGGCUUCCUACAUUGACACCUUUAAUGCACUAUUCCACAACAAUCAAAAUUUACCAAAUGUUCAUAAAAUGCAUUAUCUUAAGUCAGGUGUCUGCGGUACAGCCGCUGAGGUGAUUAAAAGUUUCUCAAUUACUUCAGAUAAUUACCAAGCCGCUUAUGAUGAAUUAGUAAAGCAAUAUGAAAACAAGGCGUUAACUAUCCAAGUUCAUAUUCGUGCAUUAUUGAAUUCGCCAAAGGUACAUACUAAUUGUGCUGCUGAAUUAAAAAAAUUACAUUAUCAUGUUAAUUCUCAUGUUCGCUCUCUCAUCGCUUUAAAGCAACCUGUACAACAUUGGGAUGCCUGGUUGACAACAAUUGUAUGUUGUCAUCUAGAUCCAACUACUGCUGGUGAGUGGCAGCUGCUACAAACCAGCAAGGAGCUCCCUGCAUUUAAAGAUAUUGAGUCGUUUCUGUCUAAACGCAUAGCUGCCUAUGAAGUCGGUUAUAUUUCAUCAAAGUCUGAUACAAAACAAGCCACUGGAAAGCAAAAUCAGUAUGGAGCCAAAAAACAUGAUGUCGUCAAGGCAUUUUUUGCCAAAAAAGCUGAACCUCAUACUAUCAAGUGUGUGUUGUGUACAGCGCCACAUAGAAUUUAUGCAUGCAACCAAUUCAAUCAAAUGUCAGUAUCUGAGCGUAAGGAUAUUGUAACCAAAUUUAAAUUAUGUUUCAACUGUUUGAACUUCGGACAUCAAGUUGAAUCUUGUUAUUAUCCUGGAUGUCCACGUUGUGGCAAAAAACAUAAUUCAAGACUACAUGCUGACUCGAGCCAUAUAUCAGAACCAGAGAGCUCUACGCAAACUGAGACACAGAAAACCAGUCAACAUAAUACAGUAUGCCAUGCGAUGACCAGUAAUAAGCAUGCGUCAAGUACCACGUCCACUGUGAUGCUUGCUACUGCUGUAAUAAAUGUUCAUGACUCUGAUGGGCAACCACAACGCUGUAGAGCCAUCUUGGAUUCUGGAUCUCAACUUAAUUUCAUAACGUCAUCUUGUGCUCAACGCUUGCGUUUAAAGAAGACUAAUAUUUCAUUGUCAAUAUCUGGUGUUGGUACUAUGUCUUCUUCCACUGUGCGUUUAAUGCCAUGCACUAUAUCAUCGCAUUGUCAAAACUAUCAAUCCUCGAUUGAAUUUCAUUCAUUGCCAACGAUAACAGAAAGACUUCCCCAUCAAAUGUUCAGCAUGGAUCAAUUGAACAUACCUAAUGAUGUCAAGGGCAAUCUAGCUGAUCCUCAACUCAACGUACCAGCUGCUGUUGACAUAUUAUUUGGCGCUGAGCUAUUUUAUGAAAUUUUCCUGGGUGCACGUAAACAGCUGUCCAAGCAUAUUAGUGUACACAAUACAAAACUUGGUUGGAUACUUGUUGGUAAAUUAUUUGAGAAGUCAUUAGUCAAGUCAAAAAUGACUAUGCUAUCUACCCCUGUAUCUGUCAAUUCUGCUUUAAGUCUAUUUACCUCAACAACAAAUGCUCAAUUCAUUGAAGAAGCUCAAGCGGAGAAGCACUUUUCAUCAACUGUUAAGCGCGAUGAAAGUGGGAGAUUUGUUGUAAGGCUUCCAGUUAAUGACAAGAUCCCAUUCCUUGGCGAUUCUCGACCAAUGGCAGAAAGGCGGUUCUACAAUUUAGAAAGAAGACUUGGUAAAGAUAAAAAAUUGGCAGAGCAAUAUGACAUGUUUAUUACUGAAUACUUGGCGUUAAACCAAAUGGAGCUGGCAAGUCCUACAUGGACUGGACCAAAAUAUUAUUUGCCUCACCAUCCAGUAUUUAAGACCAAUAGCACGACCACAAAACUUCGGGUAGUUUUUGAUGGUUCUGCCAACACCAAGUCCGGAAUAGCACUCAAUGAUGUUCUGUUGAAAGGACCAAAAGUACAGUCAGAUAUAUUUCAUAUCCUUCUUCGAUUUCGCAUUCACCAAGUAGUAAUCACAGCGGACGUCGAGAAAAUGUACCGACAAGUGUUAGUUGCACCUGAGGAUAGAAACCUCCAACGAAUUCUUUAUCGAAAAAGUCCUACUGAUCAACUACAAGAAUACCGGCUGUGCACUGUAACAUAUGGGACAAAGUCAGCCUCGUAUUUGGCCACUCGUUGCCUAGCUGAGAUUGGAAGAAGCACAGACAAUCCUAAAUUAAAUCGAGUUAUCACUCAAGAUUUCUACGUUGAUGACCUCCUGAGUGGUGGGGCCUCUGAAGAUGAAUGCUAUCAAAUUUACACUUCACUAUUAAAACAUUUUAGUCCAGCUGGUUUUCCACUUCGUAAGUGGUGUUCCAACUCAGUCAAUCUUAUUAGCCAAAUACCAUCAGCGUGUAAUGACCCAACGUUUGUAUUGAAACUCAGUGAGGAUGAUACGGUUACAGCCUUAGGACUCACAUGGCAACCUAUCACUGAUCAGUUUCGUUUUACGAUCAAGCAUUGGUCACCGCCGUUAAACAUGACCAAGCGUACACUAUUAUCAGACAUCAACUCAGUUUAUGAUCCUAUUGGACUCAUAUCCCCGGUACUAAUUCUUGGAAAAAUUUUCAUUCAACAAUUAUGGGGAAUGAAGAUGAGCUGGGACGACAUUAUCUCAUCUGAAUUGCAAGCUCGAUGGAUAAAAUUCUACAACUCUCUUCAGUCGUUGCAUGAAUUGGCCAUACCACGCAAGGUUAUCAACACUGCAGAUUCAAAGGUCACCAUUCAUGGUUUUUGCGAUGCAUCGCAAGAGGCAUUUGGUGCAUGCAUUUACUUACGUUCUGCCAGUUCAAAUGGUCAAGUGAAGGUACACCUCCUGGCAUCCAAAUCUCGUGUUGCCCCAAUGAAGGCUACAACCAUCCCUAGACUAGAACUAUGUGGUGCAGUAUUGUUGGCGGAACUGUUGCUAGAGCUAAAAAAUGAAGUCCCUUUACUAUCAUUCGUAGCAAACAGAGUUGCUCGAAUAUUAGACAUUACAGAUAAUGUUCAAUGGCACCAUGUUAUUUCUAAGGAAAAUCCUGCCGAUCAAAUAACAAGAGGUAUACAUCCUGCUGCGCUGCCUUCAUUGUCAAUUUGGUGGAACGGACCAUCCUGGUUACUUUUGGAAAGUGAUUCAUGGCCAGGCAUUCCAGAGCUACCAUCAGAAAUCCCUGAAGUUCGUCCAGUGAAAUUAGUGUUGGCUACAGCUCAUUCAUCCGAUUCCUGGCUGCUGAACAAAUAUUCAAGUUACAUGCAACUUCUACGUAUAACUGCCAUAGUCCAACGAUUCGUACACAAUUGUACAUUACAGAGGAAACUCAUGGAUCAACGUACGACAGGUGCAUUGACUGCACGUGACCUCAAAGGAUCCAGAGAGUUUUGGAUUCGCAAGAUUCAGGCUGAAGCUUAUCCCUCGGAACUAAAGGCUUUAAAUUCAAACUUGCCCAUUCAUCGGUCAAGCUGUCUGUCAAAGCUAAAUCCAUUUGUAGACGGUAUUGGCAUUUUGCGUGUGGGAGGCCGCUUAGCGUAUGCACCAAUACAUGACAAUACAAAGUUUCCAAUUGUAUUGCCGCCCUCAUCAACUUUCACAAGACUAUAUUUCAAAUAUGAACACCUGAGACUAAUGCAUGUUGGUCCACAAGCAUUGCUCUCGCACAUACAAGUUAAUUACUGGCCCAUCCGUGGACGAAGUCUUGCCAGUCGAACCGUGCAUCAAUGCAUUCAAUGUUUCCGAACCAAUCCAAAAUUAAUAACGCCUUUCAUGGCUCCCCUACCUCGGCAACGUACCACCAUUGAAAGACCGUUUUCUCAAUGUGGAGUAGAUUUCUGCGGUCCAAUAAUAAUUCGAAGUGGUAUCCGUCGAGUAAAGACUGAAAAGGCAUAUAUAUCAGUAUUUGUGUGUUUAGUCACACGUGCAAUUCAUUUGGAAUUAGUGUCAUCUUUGACUGCCGAUGCAUUUCUAGCCACGCUAACUAGAUUCAUGUCUCGCCGAGGACAAUGUAGUAACCUUUUCAGCGAUAAUGGCACUAAUUUUGUUGGUGCGAAUCGCAAACUCAUGUCUCAGUUUGAGGAAAUUGCCAAGACUCAUGCAACAUCAUCAUAUUUAUCUGAAAAAUCUAUGCAAUGGCACUUCAUUCCAACCUCGGCACCUCACUUUGGGGGCCUGUGGGAAGCUGCGGUCAAGUCUUCUAAACAACUUCUGACAAAACUAUCACUAAGUGCAACAUUUACAUUUGAAGAAGCUACAACGUUGCUGUGUGGAAUAGAAGGAGUUUUAAAUUCUAGACCCAUGACUCCGUUAUCCAAUGACCCAUCAGACUAUCAAGCGCUAACACCUGCUCAUUUUUUGAUUGGUGGAGUUAUCACAUUACCACCUGAAGCAGAUUCAUCGACAACCCCGAUAUCUAGACUUAAACGUUUUGCAUUGGUACAAUCUUGCAUUCAACAGUUUUGGAAAAGAUGGUCCCGGGAGUACCUUCCUCAAUUACAACGCCGAGGUCGCUGGAUUAAGGUAACUCGAAAUAUGAGAGUAGGUGACUUAUGUCUUCUCCGACAGGAAAAUCUUCCUCCUACAAGAUGGGCUCUGGUCAGGGUUCAAGAUGUUCAACCCGGUCCUGAUGGCACCGUUCGAGUGGUCACGUUACGCAAUUCCUCUGGCAACACUUUCAAACGUCCGGUGGUGAAACUUUCUUUAUUACCGAGUGAAGAAGAUGAGAAAGAAGAACCUUAG